CAUGGAAUGAAUUGGAAAAAAAAAAAAAAAAAAAAAAAAAACAAAACAAAAUAAUUGGAAAGUACGAAAAUCCGAAAUCAAAGUAACAAACUACUACUGCAACAACCUUUCAAUCAGUCGUCUCUUUCAAUACACAAUCUCUGAUUGUGUUGUUUAUACCCGACACCACCACACCCCUCAAAACGCAGAGCACAGACUUCCAUACCAAGAUUACGAAAAAACCAAAAAAAAAAAAAAAAAAAAACAGAAGCAGAUAUCGUCGUCUUCAUUCGGCUCUGUAUAUAUAUAUAUGUAUAUUCAUAUACAUUGUUAUUAUUUCUAACGACCGAAUUCAGUUGUUGGUUGGAUUCGUAGUUUCUGGGUUUGAAGGGCCUUCGCUUCGUGGCUACUCAAAAUGGCGCUGCUGCGCAAAUUGUUCUUCCGCAAGCCCCCCGAUGGUCUCCUCGAGAUUUGCGAGGGAGUUUAUGUUUUUGAUUGCUGCUUCACUACGGAUGCAUGGAAGGAAGAAAACUACAAGGUCUAUAUUGAUGGGGUAGUUAUUCAACUACGAGAACAUUCACCCGAUGCAUCAUUCUUAGUGUUCAAUUUUCGGGAGGGAGAGACACCAAGUCAAAUAGCUAAUAUCUUAUCUGAGCAUGAUAUGACCAUAAUGGACUAUCCUAAGCAGUAUGAGGGUUGCCCAGUGCUCAAAAUGGAGAUGAUUCACCAUUUUCUAAGGUCAUGUGAAAGUUGGCUCUCACUUGGGCAGAAUAAUUUGCUAUUAAUGCACUGUGAACGUGGUGGAUGGCCAGCUUUGGCGUUCAUGCUGGCUGCACUCUUGAUUUACAAGAAGCAGUAUAGUGGGGAACAGAGGACCUUAGAUAUGGUGUACAAACAAGCUCCCAGUGAGCUUUUGCGUUUGAUAUCACCAUUGAAUCCAAUCCCUUCUCAACUUAGGUAUCUACAGUAUGUCUCAAGAAGGAAUGUAACGUCAGAAUGGCCUCCACUUGAUAGAGCACUCUCAUUGGAAUGUGUCAUUUUCAGAUUUAUCCCUAAUUUUGAUGGGCAGGGGGGUUGUCGUCCUAUAUUUCGGAUAUAUGGACAGGAUCCCUUUUGUGAUGCCGAUCAAACUCCCAAAGUUCUAUAUUCAACUCCAAAAAGAAGCAAACUAGUCCGAGCUUACAAGCAGGCAGAAUGUGAACUGGUUAAAAUUGACAUCAAUUGCUCGAUUCAAGGCGAUGUAGUGGUUGAGUGCAUUAGUUUGAGUGAUGACAUGGAGCGGGAAAAGAUGAUGUUCCGCACCAUGUUUAACACAGCUUUUAUUAGGUCUAACAUUUUGAUGCUUAACCGUGAUGAAGUUGACAUGUUAUGGGAUACUAGAGAUCAUUUUCCAAAGGAUUUUAGAGUAGAGAUUCUUUUCACAGAGAUGGAUGCUGCUGCCUCUAUAGUUGCAAGUGGUAUGUCAUGCUUUGAGGAGGAGGGUCUUCCUAUGGAAGCAUUUGCUAAAGUUCAAGAGAUCUUCAGCCAUGUGGACUGGUUAGAUCCCAGAGCUGAUGCUGCCCUCAAUGUGCUCCAACAGAUGAGUGUAUCAAAUGUUGUCCAUGACAAUUUACUGCUGGAAACAAGUCAAAAAAAGAUUCAAAAAGUAAAGUCUCUAAAAGAAAAGAAAUCUAUAAUAUUGGAUAAUGAUGGUAAGAGCUCCAUAUCCUCUACCAAAAUUGAAUCUGCCUUCUCACCUAAGAAAUCUCCAGAGACUGGUGUGAUUAAAAAGGAGACACAGCGCCAAGACUUCAAAAUUGCACUUCCACCACCCAGUCAACCACAUGAUGCAGUAUCCCAGGAGAUAUCUCAGUCUUCUGAAUCAACUACAGUUACCUUUAAUUCUAUAAAAGAUUCACCUGCAUCACUGCCAAGUGAUCAAAUCCAUGCCUUGCCUGGAAUGGAAGUUGUCCCUCAUUCGAAGACAGCAGCUCCAGCUCUCUCAGAUCCCGAAUCAGCUGUUUUACCUGCACCUGAUUCCAAGAAUGCCAAUAGUAUUUUAACUGCACCACUGACACCUCAACCUCCCCAGCCAGUGCAAUCUUCAUUGACUGCAGAAACUACACCUUCACCCCCUCCACCCCCUCCACCCCCUCCACCCCCUCCACCGCCGCCGCUACCAUCGUAUAAUCUUUCAACUUCAAAAGUGGAACUUACAUCACCUAGCAAAGAUGCUAAAACCUAUUUACCAGAUGGAGCUCCCACAUCAAUGAUUAGUCCAGUAGGUUGCCUUGAAACUCCGAUAUCGGGUUCUAAUCAACCUUACUCUUGUACAACUCCUGCAAUUACUUCAUCAAGUCUACCCAGUCAAAAACAACCAUCUCGCACGCCUCCACAGCCUCCACCUCCUUCACCUCCUCCCCCUCCUCCUACACCUUUGAGGGAGAAUCUGUCUGUUAGAGCUAGACCUCCUCCACCUCCACCUCCUCCUCCUCGUUCUGGGGAUGCUGCACCUUCUGCAAACUCAUCUUCAAUGCCACCACCACCUCCUCCUCCUGCUCCUACUCUUUCAAUUAAACACCUUGCAUCACAGAAUUCCCCAUCUGUUCCUUCUGCCCCUCCUCCUCCAGCUUCUUUAAUUAAAGGGGUCUCAGUGACUGGUAAUGCUUUUCCAGGAUCAAUGUCCCCGGUUAGUAAUGGAAAUAGUCCAUCUGGCUCUCAAACACCUGGACCACCAUCUAGUAACCCCAGUAGUGUUAGAGGACGGCUAUCACGGACUUUAACUCCAAAAACUAAUCACAAAAAACUGAAGCCACUUCAUUGGUUGAAAUUAACACGAGCAGUUCAAGGAAGCUUAUGGGCUGAGACUCAAAAGUCUGGUGAAGCUUCCAAGGCUCCAGAAAUAAACAUGUCAGAGCUAGAGAAUCUUUUCGGAGCAGCAGUUCCAAUUUCAAAUCAUGGUGGCAAAUCAAGCAAGCCUGGUGCACUUGGACAUAAAACUGAGAAAGUGCAAUUGAUUGACCAUAGAAGGGCAUACAAUUGUGAAAUCAUGCUUUCAAAGGUGAAGGUUCCAUUGCAUGAAUUGAUGAAUUCAGUGCUUGCCCUGCAAAAUUCAGCACUAGAUAUUGAUCAAGUUGAGAACCUUAUAAAGUUUUGUCCAACAAAAGAGGAGAUGGAACUACUUAAGGGCUAUACUGGAGAAAAGGAGAAGCUAGGAAAGUGUGAACAGUUCUUCUUAGAGUUAAUGCAAGUGCCACGUGUAGAAGCUAAGCUCAGAGUUUUUUUAUUCAAGAUACAGUUCCAUUCUCAGGUCUCUGACCUUAGACAUAGCCUGAAUGUUGUGAAUUCUGCAACAGAAGAGAUCAGAAAUUCUGUUAAAUUGAAGAGAAUCAUGCAGACAGUUCUUUCAUUAGGAAAUGCUCUGAACCAGGGAACUGCCCGUGGGUCUGCUGUUGGAUUUAGAUUGGAUAGCCUUCUAAAACUCACUGAGACUCGAGCAAGGAACAACAAGAUGACUCUUAUGCAUUACCUAUGUAAGGUACUUGUUGACAAACUACCAGAAGUUCUAGAUUUUUCUAAGGAUCUUGCCAACUUGGAACCUUCUUCAAAGAUACAAAUAAAAUUUUUGGCAGAGGAAAUGCAAGCUAUAAGCAAAGGAUUGGAGAAAGUUAUUCAAGAAUUGUCUACUGCUGAAAAUGAUGGUCCUAUAUCAAGAAGAUUUUGUAAGACUUUAAAGGAGUUCCUCAUUUUUGCUGAAGCUGAAGUGAGGUCGUUGGCUUCUAUGUAUUCAGCUGUGGGUAGAAAUGUGGAUGCAUUGAUUGUCUAUUUCGGAGAAGAUCCCGCCAAAUGCCCCUUUGAACAAGUUAUUUCAACUUUGCGCAACUUUGUAAGAAUGUUCAACCAAGCCCAUGAGGAAAACCUCAAGCAAGCAGAGCUUGAAAUGAAGAAAGCUGCAGAAAAUGAAAAGCACAGGAUAGGUGGUUCGCAUAAAGAGUCUGAACGAUUGUUACACCAUCCAAUCCACAGUAGCAAUGUCAAAUAACUAAUCCAGCUUUCUUUAGGAGAGAGACCACUUAAGCUCGGCAUAUUUAACACAAGAAGGUGAUUAACCAGACUCCGUUGUUCUUGUUGACGUUUGGAUGAAAAAAGGUUGAGUGGCAAGUAGAUUCAAUCUGAGAAGUAGGUAUAGAGUUGCAAAGGAGCUGAAUUUGUGGUCUGAUAAGCCUUUCAAUCUUGUUGGAGUUCAGUAUGGAACUUGUACAGCAUGCUACUUCAUUAUGCUGAACUGCAGCAUUUGCCAACUUGUACAAUACCCACAUACCAAAUAUUUCCCUUUUUAUUUUUCUUGUUUUCUUUCAAUAGUUGUAAAGUUUAGCAAAGUGUUUUUGGCUGAAUUUUAAGUAACAGAAAACAUUAAUAUUACGGUUUAUUUUAAUUUUA